GCAUUUUCUCGGGCUGGGCGGGCGCGAUCCCCGGGAGGCGACUACGGACAAACGGCUUCACUCUGUGGCUCCGGCUUCGUACUAUGCAGCAGCUGCUCUGCGCGCUGGCCGGGCUCGCCCUGCUCGGCGCCGGGGCGGGCGAAUGGAGCCAGGCUCCCAGGGACAGCCCCGGACGGCGAGCUGCUGAGUCCCCCAGUUCCCCUGGAGAAGAUGCAGCUUGGAGCCCAGGCUGCGACAGACACAUGGCUGUCCAAAGCCGCUUGGACAUUAUGGAAGAGACGGUGGAGAAGACGGUGGAGCACCUGGAGGCAGAAGUGACAGGUCUGCUGGGCCUGCUGGAGAAACUGGCUUCAAACCUACCCCCAGGGCCCUUCAGCCCCAAACCUGACUUGCUUGGAGAUGAUGGUUUCUGACUACCAGGGAUGGUGGAGCCUGUCAGCUGAAGUCAUCCCUCUGCGAACCAAGCCAGGUCUUCCUGCCUCCCUGCCCCCUUUGUGUGAAAUAAAAGCUCCUCUUUGGACCCA